AUGUCGCAAGUUGGAGAAGGAGAACAUCACCCCGAUGCCCCACUCUUACAAGGAACUACCAUGCCGUCGUCUCUGCCGCCGUCAAUGAAGGCGCAAUUUCUGGAAGAAUACAAAACGCCAUAUAAGUUACACUCGGUUCCUAUUCCAGUACCAUCAACGCCACACGAUAUCUUAAUAAAGGUUGACGCAGCCUCGUACUGUCAUACAGAUUUCGUCCUCGCAGAAGGACAAAUGCCCGGAUUGCCAAAGUCGUUUCCUCAUAUCGGCUGCCAUGAGUUUGCAGGAACAGUAGUGGCACACUAUGUCUCUCCAAGUCAACAAGCAAAAGAAUUCUAUAUUGGUUCAAGAGUGGGUGUGCCAGGUCGAGCAUUCCAUGCGUGUGGCAAGUGCUUCGAAUGCAAGCACGACCGCCCCAAAGACCCAGUUGCGGAAGAUGACGAUGGUUACUCAGUCCACUGUAUAGAUGCCGAAAACAAUGGCUUGAGCAGAGACGGAGGGUUUGCUGAAUAUGCUCUUGUGGACGCGCGUCAGUUAGCUCCCAUUCCGGCAGAGCUCAGUGCAGUGGAGACAGCGCCCUUGAUGUGCGCAGGCAUCACAAUCUAUGCUGCAUUGAAGAGAUGUGCCCUGAAGCCAGGAGAAAGGGUCGGCAUUCUCGGAGCUGGCGGUGGACUCGGCCAUUUAGGACUCCAGUAUGCCACGCAUAUGGGCUACAAAGUCUUAGGGAUAGAAGCUGCAAGUUCGCCUUUGCGACUCGCCGAAGAUGUAGCAUCCAAACUGGACAAUCGACCUCUCAUCAUCGAUGCGAGAACCGACAAAGCUCACGAUAUUGUGCAGAGGCUUGGUACCGAAGAUGGCAAGAAACAUACUGGCGAGAUGGGUCUCGAUGCAAUAAUUGUUCUUCCUGAAAGUCAAGCAGCUUUCGACUACGGUAUGAGUCUGCUCAAGACGCAUGGAACGUGCGUUGUGGUCUCAUUUCCCGAAAAAGGGUUCCACAUCUCCGCACGAGACGUGGUUUUCCGCGACAUCAGGAUCAUUGGAAGUCUAGUCGGGAGCAACCGGACGCUUCGCGAAAUGCUCGAAUUCUCUGCAAAGCACAAUAUCCGAGCUUUGUCGAAGUCGUACCCGCUGGGCAAGCUCAAUGAGUUGGUGGAGGAAUAUCAUAAAGGCAGCGGAGGUAAACUGGUUCUGGACCUGUCAUUAUCGAAUUAA